AUGUCACGAAACGAGAAACAAGCCUCUCCACCACCGUACUCAGAGUACAACACCUCGACCUCCUCACGCGGCACCACUAUCCUCAAUCAACUAAGCACAACCCGCACGCACCACAUCCAAUCCGUAAUCGAAAGACACAUCAUCCCCCUCAUCGAAGAACGCGUCACAUACGGCAUCGCCCAAACAACCAUCGCCAUGCUCCCCUCCGACAUCCCCCUACCCGCAGUCGAAGAGAAGUCAGAAUUCAGCUUCGACACAGCCGACACCAAACCCGUAGAGGUAGUCGGCUUCUCGUCCGAAGACGAACCGAAAGUCGUGCGGUUAGAGGGCCAGAUGAACCGCACAGAGUUUUGGAGACCACAGGUUGUGAUUGUGGAGUUGGAGCGUCUGUUAAGUGAGAAUUUGAACGCGAAUCCGGUGUUGAGGAGUCCGAGGGGAGAGGGGAGAGGCGUGGAGAGUGCUGUGCAGAGGCAGGGGGUUAGAGGGCUUUUGAGUAGGGUCAUGCCGUCGUUGGGGCCGGAGAUGCGCUCACCGGGCGGGAAUCCAGAAGUUGGCAUGAGGAAUCAACUGGAUCAAGGAGGCAUGGUUGUAGUGAAGGCUAGGUUGGAGGAGAUAUGCUUGAGGACGGUGAGCGAGUUUGGCUUAUACGAUACCAUGUCGAAGCAGUGUGUUAUUGUACGCGUGGAUGCGCGGUGUUAA